AUGAGUCAAAAAGGAGGUAGAUUGAGGCACCACCAAAGAGGCACUACCAAAGAGGCACCACCAAAGAGGCACUACCAAAGAGGCACCACAAAGAGCACCACCAAAGAGGCACUACCAAAAGAGCACCAAAAGGCACGACAGAACAGGCACUACCAAAGAGGCACGACAAACAGGCACUACCAAGAGGCACACCAAGAGCUACCAAAGAGGCACUACAAAGAGCACAAAGAGGUACCACAAAAGGCACUACCAAGAGGCACCACAAGAGGCACACCAAGAGGCACACAAGAGGGCUACCAAGAGGCACCUGAGGGCACCAAGGGCACUACCAAAGGGCACCACCAGAGGCACCACCAAGAGGCACUGCAAGAGGGGCACCAAAGAGGCACCACCAAAGAGGCACUACCAGAGGCACCACCAGAGGCACCACCAAGGGCACACCAGAGGCACUACCAAGAGACAAAGGGCACACAAAGAGGCACGACGAAACAGGCACUACCAAGGGCGACGAAACAGGCACAAGCCAAAGGGCACCACCAGAGCACCACCAAAGAGGCACUACCAAAGAGGCACCACCAAAGAGGCACCACAAAGGGCUGCAAGGCACCACCAAGGGCCAAGAGGCACUACCAAAGGGCCAAGAGAGGCACCACCAAGAGGCCGGCGCAAGGCACCGAAGAGGCACCUGAGGCACCACCAGGGGCACACCAGGGGCACUACCAAGAGCACCACAAGAGGCACCACCAAGGGCACCACAAAAAGACGACAAGCAGGCACUACCAAAGAGGCACCACAAGGGCUCCUGAGGCCUCCAAGGCACUACCAAAGAGGCACCACCAAGGAGGCACCACCAAGAGGCUAAGAGGCACACCAAAGAGGCACCACCAAAGAGGCACCAGGGCACCACCAAAGAACCACCAAAGAGGCACCACCAAAGAGGCACGACGAAACAGAGCUACCAGAGCACUACAAAGAGGCACCACCAAAGAGACCACAAGAGGCACCGCAAGGCACCACCAAAGAGGCAAGAGGCACGACAAAACAGGCACUACCAAAGAGGCACGACAGAAACAGGCACUACCAAAGAGGCACGACAAAACAGGCACCACCAAAGGCACCACCAAAGAGGCACCAGAGGCACCACCAAGGCACGACAAAAGGCACCACCAGAAGAGGCACACUGGACAGGCAGCAGGCACCUACCAAGAGGCACCAAGGGGCACUACCAAGAGAACCAAGGGCCUACCAGGGCCUCAAAGAGGCACCACCAAAGAGGCGACAGAAACAGGCACUACAAAGGCCACGAAACAGGCACUACAAAGCACUACCAAGAGGCACCACCAAGGGAGGCACCACCAAGAGGCACGACAGAAAGAGGCACCACCAAAGGCACAGAGGCACCACAAAGGCACCAAAGGGGCACCUGACCAAAGGAGGCACUACCAAAGCACCAGAGGCACCGAGGCACCAAAAGAGGCACCACAAAGAGGCACGACAAACAGGCACCACCAAGGCACCAAGAAGCACCAAAGGGCACCACAAGAGGCACUACAGGGCACCACCAAGGGCACCAAGGGGCACCACCAAGAGGCACGACAAACAGGCACCGAGGCUACUGAGGCACCACCAAGAGGCACCACCAAGAGCUGCCACAAGGGCACCACCAAAGGCACCGCAAAGGGCACGACAGAGACAGGCACCACCAAGAGGCACUACCAAAGAGGCACCACCAAAGAGGCACUACAAGAGGCACCACCAAGGGCACACUACCAAGGAGGCACUACCAAAGAGGCACUACCAAGGAGGCACGACCAAGAACGGGCACUACCAAGAGGCACCACCAAAGAGGCACUCAAGCACCAAAGAGGCACCACCAAGGGGCACCACCAAGGCACCACAAGAGGCACCACCAGAGGCACUACCAAAGGAAGCUACCAAAGAGCGCCUAAGAGGCACCACCAGGGGCUCAAGGAGGCACGACCAAAGAGAGCACACCAAGAGGCACCUGAAACACAAAGAGGCACCACCAAAGAGAGGCACUACAAGAGGCACUACCAAGGGCACCACCAAGAGGCACCACCAAGAGGCACGACAGAAACAGGCACCACAAAGAGGCACCACCAGAGAGCACCACCAAAGAGCACCACCAAAGGCACUACCGAGGCACCACCAAGGGCACACCACCAAGAGGCACCACCAAGGCGACAAACAGGCACCACCAAGAGGCACUACCAAGAGGCACCACCAAGGCACCACCAAGAGGCACCACCAAAGAGGCACACCACAAGAGGCACCACCAGAGGCACUACCAGAGGCACUACCAAAGCCACCAAAGAGGCACCAAAGAGGCACCACCAAGAGGCACGACAGAGCAGGCACCCCAAAGAGGCACCACCAAGGGGCACCAAGAGGCACCACCAAAGAGCCACUAUGAGGGCACUACCAAAGGCACCACCAAGAGGCACACCAAAGAGGCAGACAGAAACAGGCACUACCAAGAGGCCUGACAGAAACAGGCACUACCAGAGGCACCACAAGAGGCACCAGGACGCAAGGGCACCGACCAAAGGGCACCAAAGAGGCACCACCAAGAGGCACCACCAAGAGGCACUAAAAGGGCACCACAAGAGGCACCACCAAAGGGCACUGAAGGCACCUGAGGCACCACCAAAGAGGCACUACCAAAGAGGCACCUGA